AUGAAUUCGCGCCGUUGCGCAGCAUGCAAGCAUUUGCGAAGACGAUGCCCCUCCGACUGCAUCUUCUCUCCUUACUUCCCUUCCAACAAUCCCACACGAUUCGCUUUCGUUCACAAGAUUUAUGGGGCGAGCAAUGUUGCCAAGUUGCUUCAGGAUCUGCCGGUGAAUUGCCGGGCUCAAGCGGCUGAGUCUUUGUGGUACGAGGCGUAUUGGAGGAUAAACGACCCGGUGUAUGGAUGUGUUGGGGUUAUAAGUAUUUUGCAACAACAGAUUCAGGAUUUAGAAGAGCAGUUGGCAAGGAUUCAAGCACAAAUUGCUGCUGUUGUUGCUCAGUCCCAAAGUCAUGAGCCUCCUCAGCAUGUUGAGAUUAGUGGUUCUACUAACAUGUUGGCUGACCAAAAUGGUGAUAAUUCCAAUUUGGCUUCAUUCGCGGAUUUCUCCCCAUGGUUGGAUUAG